AGCAAGUAUUCGUGGUCUGGCUUGCCGUCGCUAUCUGAGUCUGUGAGGGAGGGCCGUGUUAAGCGACUGUGAGGGGGAAAGGAAUGUGGUAUUGUGCGCGUGUCGGAUGGAGGAUGACGCAGUCGUCUGUGAGCGGAACGGUUUCACGCGGUGCGCUAAGGAGGGCGCCGCUGCGAGGGGAAGCGAAGAGCGUAGGUGGGCGGCCAGGCUAGUGGGUGAGGCUUGUGUGCGAGCGGAGUAUGGUUUGGAGUUGAGAGAGGGAGCAAGGGGAACGAGAACUGCAGGCCUCGAAGGCACUCGUUGCGACUGAGGUGUGAGGAGGGGUGGUUGGAGGUUGCGUCGAUGUUACACGGCGGGGAGGGCAAACACGCGGGAGGGAGGGUUGGAGGGCUGCGAGGUUGG